AUGCUUUAUUUCUCCUUAGGGGAACACUGGUCAGAGUACGAGUCAAAUCAUUCCUACUUUGUUUGUUUGCUUGCUGCCCCCAUUUUUAGAGGAGAAAGGGUUGGUUGUGCAACUUGGUGGAUGGCCAUGCAAGGUGGUCGGGUCAGUCGUGCAACAUGGAGAUUCAGCAUGCGAGGUGCUUCGGUUAGCUACGAUGUGGAGAUUGAGCAUGUAAGGUUCUCGGGUCGAUCAUGCAAUGUGGAAAUUGAGCAUACAAGGUGCUUGGGUCGGCUACGACGUGGAGAUUGA